AUAUUUGAAUAGUUUUUAACCAACCAAAAGCAGCUUUUCUGAAUGUCAGCUAUUCUGUGAUGAGCUGCAAAACACUUUGCUUUCUGAGAGAUCUCAUGGAAGCAUUUUUUGGGGUCCACCUCCAUGAGUCAUUGGUUAAGCUGCAGUUUGAUACAGUAGUUCUGCUUUGGAGCUGCAGGUGAGUGUGGCUUUUGUAAAUGGCAUGAAAUAAAUUAGUUUAAAAUAACUUAAUGAAUGUAAUGUUUCCUUUUUAUUUUCCAGUGACUUGUUUUUAAAUUUUACGAUGUCUUCAUAACUAACCAUCAGUACUAAACUAACUAUACUCCAGUUAAACUACUAGCUAAAAAUGCUCAAGAUAAACAUUACAAUCACUGGGUAGCUUCAGCAAAAUUACAAGUGGCUUAUGUGUCUAAGAAUUCAUUAAGCAGAAAUGAAACAUUCUAAGAAAUACGCUGUAAUUCAUGGCACAUAAAUUCCUUUCAUGUGUAAAAUAUAUAAAAAUCGCGGUUAACUACAAAACAAUCGACACAACUACACACGGUUACUUUUCAUAUUGAACAAUCUUGUAUCAGGCAAUAUUAGUAGCGUGUGUAUGAUGUCAUUCUGUGACGUACACGGAAGUGCUGCCACACCUCUCGCGAUACUUGAGUCCAGACGUGGGAUUUUGGAAAAAUUGCGGAGGGCAGCGGCUGGUGAAAGGGGCUGACGUAACAGGAAACCCUUAAUAUGAGUGAUGAUAAACCUUUCCAAUGCACUGCUCCUGGAUGUGGACAGAGAUUUACAAAUGAAGACCACUUGGCUGUCCACAAGCACAAACAUGAGAUGACCCUCAAAUUUGGUCCAGCCAGGACCGACAGUGUCAUUAUUGCUGACCAGACACCCACACCGACACGCUUUUUAAAGAACUGCGAGGAGGUCGGACUCUUUAACGAGCUAACAAGCCCCUUCGAUCACGACUUCAAAAAAGGGACUGAAGAUGACAUAAAAAAGUUACCACUGGAUUUGUCACCACUGGCCACGCCUGUCAUACGCAACAAAACUGAAGAACCCGCUGCCUUGGAGGCCCAUCGAGGUAGCCCUCUUCCUCACCCGGAGUCCACGACGAACGACGACAAGGACAUAUCUUUGCAGCCAACCUCACUGCCAACAUCCACUAUAGUCCAUCCUGCAUCCCUCCAAGUUCCCAAUGUACUCCUAGCAACCUCAGAGGCUAAUGUUGUUAUACAGCAAGCGCUCCCAUCGCCAACAUCUAGCUCUGUUAUAACCCAGGUCCCAUCUACUAGUAGGCCUAUAGUGCCAGUGUCUGGCACCUUCCCGGUGCUCUUACAGCUGCCUAACGGCCAGACCAUGCCCGUCGCCAUUCCAGCAUCCAUUACCAGUUCCAAUGUACAUAUUCCCUCUACAAUCCCGCUUGUCAGACCUGUCACCGUAGUGCCUAACGUCCCUGGCAUCCCCGGACCCCCCUCGCCACAGCCAGAGCCUGCCCAGUCAGAGAAACCAAAAGGCUCGCUAAGCCAGGAGCUUCCGCCACUAACCAAUGGUGAUGGCAGUGAGGUCCAGAGCAGCGCCAUAACGCACACUGCUGCUCCUGCUUCUCCAGCUCCAAUCCCCGCUCCUAACCCUUCUACGUCCCUCGCACUGGCCUCGAACUUGCCACCUGCCAGUGAGGAACCCUCUGCACAUUCCCUGCAGCAGCCAGCCACCUCCACGACAGAGACACCUGCUUCCCCGGUGCCCCUUGCAACAAACCCUCCAAGCACAGGCGGACGGCGGCGCAGGACCACAAGUGACGACCCAGAUGAGAAGCGCCGUAAGUUUCUGGAGCGCAACAGGGCUGCGGCCUCACGCUGCAGACAGAAGAGGAAAGUAUGGGUGCAGUCCUUGGAGAAGAAGGCGGACGAUCUCCACUCUAUAAAUGGACAGCUUCAGAGUGAAGUCACCCUGCUGAGAAGCGAAGUGGCUCAGCUGAAGCAGCUCCUUCUGGCUCAUAAAGAUUGUCCUGUAACCGCCAUGCAGAAGAAGUCUGGCUAUCACAUCGCUGACAAAGACGAGAGCUGCGAGGAGAUGUCGGUCCCCAGCAGCCCUCAGAGCGAAGCCAUCCAGCACAGCUCCGUCAGCACCUCCAAUGGGGUCAGCUCCUCCUCAGCACUCGCCACGUCCAACCAGAGCACAGAUGAGAGCCAGCCGCUGAGCGGCGCCGCAGAGUCUUUGCCUUCGGGGAGCUGAUCGGACCUGUCCUGAGCUGGAAUCCGUCACGGGAGCGCUGUUCCAGUGACUCUCGGUGUCUCGCGCACACACAGGAAAGGGACUGUCCUCCAGCCUCGCUUUGGACCAUUCUGUUAUUUAUUAUUCUUUAUGUUGGGUCCAUUUUUAUUCUCUUAGGACAAUAGUAAUGUGAACGAGACAAAAAGGAAUACGCACUUUAGAUGUAACGUAUUGCUGUUAUUUCAUCUUAAUGAGUUUUUUUUCAAUAACAGUUGCCCUCAGUAGGGAUGGGCACAAUCCAUUAAUUUAUUAAUUGAUCACUAUGCUGUCAGUGCUGUGCAAUUGAACUUACUGAUUACUCAUUCAAACUGGGUAACAUUUAAAUGAGGCAAAAAUAGAUGUGAAAUUCUUUAUUUUAAUAAGAUAGUUCUCAUUUUCAUUUGUUUUUAUCAGAAUUUAAUUUUCAUCCACUAAAUACUGAAUACAAUUUAGAAAAAAAUUAUUUCUAUUUCAGUUUUAAGUAUUUUAUUCAUACAGUAUUUAUUUUGUUGACAUUUCUAAUGUUUUCAAUGGCUUAUUUUAAUUUUUUAUUUAGUUUAGGUGUAUUGACUGACAGACAAAUAAAAACAAGGAAAACAUUAUUAUAGGCAUUAGAAUGCCAGCUGCCAGCUGUUCAUUUAAGAACUUUUGAUUUUGGUUAGAAUAAAAAAUUGCUAGAUAUCUGCUCUUAAAUUAUUCUCUUAUGUUUGUUGUUAUACAUUUGUCCAACUAUUUCUACCUUUUAUUUAUACAAGGCAUGUAGAAUGGAAAAGAAAUUAAUAAGAUAAGGGGAUGGUUUUAUGGCACAACUCUUUGUUUAGUCUGACUCUGGAAUGGAAAAAGCAGUUCAGAAUAUCUAGACAUCUUGUUAUCCAUGAUCCGUUGUAGUAAAUUGAGUCAAAUGCCCAGCUUUACUCAAAAGGUUGGAAUACCAAAGUAUAUUCACACAUUAAUUUAUUUUAAGUUAUUGAGAUACUUGACAAUAUGAUUUGUUUUCUGUAUUUUGCACAUUUAGAAAAACCACGGGUUUACAUUUUUUUCAAACCGGCAGCUUUUGUCACAUGUAAUUGUAAAUGGCUGAAUCCAAUCUUACCACUGGACUACUUUUUUCCGUCGUCUGUGAUGGUGGGAUCCGCUAUAGUCGCAUUGUGCCGUUUGAAUGUUCACACGUAGCCUCUGCCUGUUCAAAAAAAAAACAAACAAACAAAAAAAAACAACGUAUGACUGAAGACGCACAGUUAGAAGUGUGCAUUGUUUCAGCAACAUUCCAUCUGUAAUUCCAAAUCUGUGAUUGUAGGCUAGCAGGGCACCGUGUUGUCAUGGCGACAUUCAUGAUUUUCUAUAAAUGGUUAGCAGCAGGGGUGUGAUUGCUUUUGCUAUUUAAAUGUAUAAAUGGCUUUAUGCAGCACAUUUGAGAAUAUGAUGCUCUUCUAAUAGCUCCUUUUAAACCGUUCAUGUGAACAACAUCAAUGAUACAGUUGUAUGUUCUAGGUGUUGUACUUAGUUCUUCAUCGGAGUCCUAUAUUAAGAAGUUGUGAGCUUCAAAUUACUUUUAAUCAUUUUCAUUUAAAGAACAGAAAUAAAGUCCCACCGUGAUGUUAAAGUACUCUAUUGGCUUACUACUGUGUAGUCAUCCAAGAUGAUUAUUGAAUAUAAAUCUUUUUUUCAACUGUAUUGUGCUCUCUGCAUGACGUGAUUUCUCUGCGAGAAUUCAACAAUACUUCAGUCAGAUAAAUAUCAGUCAACAAGCAGCAUUGUUUUAGUUGAACUGCUAAAACCAGGGUGUGAUACUGUGUUUAAUGUGUAUUCGUCACUUGUGAACGUUCUCUAUCAAAUUGCAAUUGAUUACUUGUUGGAAUAAACCUUUUAAUAGAUAUUUAA